GUCUCUCCUCUUCCACUCAUUGUCCCGUCUUUACUCUAUCUUUCCGUCAGGCGUCGUCACUUUCCAAGGCAUACAGGGCUUGCGAGAUGGACAAUAUGUCGUUCUCGACGUCGGGAUCAUUGCCCGCCCCCAUACCGAGCCUCUUCAACGACGCGCGUCUUUCUUUCUCCUCCAACCAUAUUUCUUCUCUCUCGUCUUCUGACAUUCCGUUCGCUUCAUCGGAAUACGACGCUCACAACAACUUCCAACUUCACGUUGCGGAUAUUCAAGCGGAGUGCCUCCUGCUUCGGCAGCAGAACGUGGCCUUGACCGCUGAGAAGGAGAGACUGCAGGAGAAUUUCCGUGCUCUUUUGACCCGUCUGUCCGACAAGCUCGAAACUGUGCACGACGGAAUCAUUGCUCCGCCUGGCGGGACCAUUCAUAUACAUCCGCUCAUUAUUACCCUCGAUCAGAGCAACUUUCCAGGGGCCACCUACUGGUUUUCUGGGAUGUGGAAGGGCGUGGAGAAGGGGAAGCGAGGUGUCACUCGUACAGACAGGCCCGUCAAGUCCAACUCGCGGGUGGAGAACAAUGCACAGUUGUACAUCACCGACGAAAGUGGCGGGCCGGUCUCGGGCGAGGUCGCGCAGAGCAUGCGUACCAUGGCGCGAACCGUGUUCCAGCAGCUGCUAACUUGGGGUGUCGCGCCGCGUUCAUGGGAUCAAGCAACCCACCUCGCAUCGCAAUACUAUAUUGCUGUGAUGGAGGAUGCCUACAACGUCCUCCGUCUGUGCUUCGGGCACUGGAAAGUGACGAGAAUGGCUAUCUACUAUUAUCCAACAUGGUACUCGACGUACGGACCACCACCACCUACACCCGCGCCGCCGCCCCCCGCCCCCACGCCCACUCCGGCCCCCACUCCGCCGACCUUCCCGUUCGCAUUCACCCCUGAACCCGAAGACAGCCCCUCCCCUCCCUCUACGUCUACCGGCAAGCGCCCCGCCACGGCUUCGCCGGCUUCAUCGUCGCAGCCGAUGACCAAGAAAGCAAGGGGGCAGGCCGAUGCUGAUGUCAUCAUCGAUCGCGAUCAGACCCAACCGACGAACCGCUGCCAGGCUCCGACCACCAGCAUCCCAGAGAUUGUAUUGCCCGCCAGAGCACCGUGCGCGCAGGUGCCGACGUCCGUCCCAGCCCUUGCUUCAGAGGUAGCGCCGGAGCCUCAACAACUCGCCCCACCGACCGAAUUCCGCGCGCACACCCCCAGGCCCUUCGUCGGGAACGGCGAAGCAGAGCUCGAGUACUCCCCCCACGGUGCGCAGGCCGAGCAGGGCAGAAUUGAUGCAGACGUGCACGGAGAAGGAGGUGGAGAUGGCGGACGCGCUCGCAAGUCACCUGAGCCAGUGGCGUUCGUGGACCCCCUUGCCCAUGCCGUAGUGCCCCCAUCGCUCCCCGAACAUUCGCGACCCAGCCGCAACCUGUCUAGCUUCGGCUCAUUGGCUCCCACCACCACCACACCACCUUCGAGUAUACUGGCCACGCCUUCAACCACCCCACCCACCGCUCCUUUGCCAAGCGCAUCGUCCCCCGCAAUCACCUCUUCUCGCUCGCCUACAGCUUCGGCAUCAUCAACGUCAUCAUCGAGACCUGCUGCUACGGCCGGACCAUCGUCAACCGGAGACGGGUUGCCAGCGUGGACUGGGCUUCCACCCGGUGUACCGAACAAGGGGCAUAAGAUCCAGCCCAACAAGACAAGUCAGACCCCCCGGGCGCUUUGUCAGGUCGCGUUUGCCAAGAAGUUCCCGAAGUCGACGUCGGAUGAGUUCAAGUACUAUUGGGAUAAGCUGGUUGUUAGCACACCCCACGAAGACGUCUGGCUCGCACGCGCUUCCGAAGCAAAGAAGGCCCAGGUUACGGCAGCUGCAUAGUUCGUGUAUCGCCUCAAUGACCUGCAUUUCGGACGACACAUUCACAAUACAUUACAUAUCGGUAUACUUUUUGCUACCCCCAUACUGCCGUAUAUCUACCCUACCUACUCGCAUGGCAUGCCGUUGACCUGCUCCUUCGUUUACACCCAUACUUACUGCUUAGCUAAUAGCAAUGAAUCGUUUUCCUUGCCAAUCGUAGUCAAUGGAUAUGAGUGCGAAGGUCACAUGAUGAAGUGCCUC